AUGUACCUGCUUCAGCUUGACUAAUGAUGUCACUCACAUUUUCAUUGAUCUUCUCUCUCACCUUCUUAGCACAUGCUGAGUCAACUUCUAAUGUUGCUACCCUUAAUGUGAGCUCUUCUACAGCUAAAGGUAUGGUGCAAGGCCUUUACACAUGUUAUAUCUUCUCGGCAACUUGGCUCUGGUGUACUGAUAUUGCUAAGUUCUUUCCUUGUUAAUGAUCAAGUGCGUCAUAUGGAUUCAUGUAUAUUAAGCUUCCUGAAUAUUGGAUUAGCAUUUUUCUUCACAGUGAACUAUUUUUGUGCUUAUGGGAUUGUAUCACACACUUAUAGGCUUCCCCUAAGCUGUUUUCUUGUUAAAGAUCUGGAAGCUCUCUUUGGAUUGAUGCCUGAGGUACUCCUUCGUUUGCCAGUACCAGAGAUAUGGAUACUAUUGUUCUUUGUUCCUGUCUGCAUAGUUUGUUUUCUGCAAACGGAGAAGGGAGAGUGAUUUGUGUCAUUUGUAGUUCAUGUACGAAUGGAUUUCUGAUCACUCAAAAGAAGAAGACUGAAAGCUGCCCGACAAAGUUGUAUCAACAGUGACAAUGUACUACCAACACUGACAGACCAGAUUGAAUAAAAGAGUCCUUUACAGCUACAACCAGGGACAUCAAAAAGGAAAGAUAAGUGCAAACUAUUUACGAAUUUAAUUUGUAUGUGGACUCAUGUGCUUGUUAACAAAAUGAGUAGAGACAGGGGCAGACAUGAAGAAGAAGUGAAAGCUGUGGCACCCAGUCAGGACAUGUUUGAGCUGAGUGAAAUCAUAGUCAGCAAAGAAACAGCAAAAACUGGUAUUUUGCAGUUCAUUUAGGCAAAAUUAGAGGAUAUGAAGACAGUUAACAAUAGCAAACUUAGUGCUGUUAAUAAUCAGUUAACUGGAAUAAGAACAGACAAUGAUAGAAAAUUUACUUCACUACAAGGACAGUUAAAAGACCUGAAAACUGAAAACAAUAGUAAAAUGGAUAGGGUACAAUACGAAAUAGACCAAUUUAGUAAUCAGUUUCAAAGCUAAAAAAUGGGUUGUCAGAGGUGUUAAAAAGUGUGAAUGAAAAGGUUGAUGUCUUAGAAAAUAAAUUUAUUGUUUUGAAAAAUGAGCUAGUAAGUGAAUUGGCAAGUCAAUCAAAGGAUGUUAAUGAUGUCAGUGUUGAACAGAAGACUGUAGCAGAAAAAAUGGAACAAAACAUCACCAGUUUAAACCAAAAAAUUUUAAAUGUUGAAACCAAUAUAUAAACUAAUGUAAAUGUUUUAGAUCAACAAAUUUCAGCACUUCAGGAAAAUUGCAUUCACAAAAAUUUGUAUUCAAACAAUGGUACUGCAUGGUUCAACAUUCCUAUCAAAAGUUUUCCGUCAGACAAUUAACAUCCAGAGGAUUUUCUGUACCACUGUAGAGAUAGUUUUGUG